AUGCAAGGGGAGCGGCCCUUCCUUUUCACCAGUCAGCACACCUUCAUGCCAUUGGCAGCGUUUGCGCAAGGACCACUUUCCUUUCACCAGCCAGGCGACGUACCGCAUAGCCACGAUGAUCACCAUUGGUGCAAAUCGGUGUUGCGGGCGUUCCAGGUUCACAACGCCAGAGGGGUUACCUCUGCCCCGAGCACCAGCAGCUGUGGCUCCCGGAACCGGUACGCCACCAGCGUCCAGCCAGAUGCCAACAGCCUCACCACCGAACGCGACGGGGACGCCCGGGGAGCCGUCGCUGGCCACCACAGACUCCUUGAAGCAGAAUGCUACGGGAAGAACGGACGGCGACGAGCGGGAGGUGACCAAGAGGCAGCGCACAGCAUGAUGGACUGGAAUUUUGUGGCAAUCUGGACAAGUCAGAAGUGCUAUUUUUGUGGUGGUUUGUUUUUUUAUUCCCAUGGAUUCUAUUUUACUAUGGACGGCGGAACCCUGCCCUUGCAGCUUGUGGGAGUGCGCGAAAUAGGCCGUUUCACGUAG